UCAGUGUAACCGCUCGAAACCGCUACUGUAGGGCCAACGUCAGCCAAGUCGAUGGAGUCCCCAUCCGCGCCCGAGGAGGACGGGAAAGGAUCGACUUCGUCAUCCAAGCAUUUGCAGGGCGUUUACGACAAGAAGUUGGCCACGCUGCAGUCCAAGAUGCCGUGGUACAAAAAUUCAAGUCAGGACAUGGACAUUCCUGGCGUGACGACUGCUUUCCACAGCAAUGCCGCCUCCCCUGAAACCCCCCCGCCGUCGCUCGAAUAUCCCCAUGGCGGCAAGAACACCCAGCACACGGCGGUGGUGUCGCUUUUCCCUGAACACGACGAGCCGCGACUGCAAGCGGUACUGACCAAGCCGUCGUCUCGUCAUGCGAUCACCACGCCGGCCACGUCCCCCGUCAAACAACAGUCGUCCCCCGACCGAAGAAGCACUCCUGAAAUCAAGUGGCGGGGUCGCGUGAGUUGGGAGUCGGACUUGUUGGAGCCGACAUCCUCUGCCCCCAAGACUCCGUCGCGUUCGCCUUCGAAGCGAGGACACCCACAGCCUCAUCAUCCGAGCCCCCUCAAGAGCGUCCUGCCUUCCAUGUUGCCCGCAUCUUCGCCGCCUGAGGCCAACGAUUAUCCGAGUCAUGGCGGCUAUAUAUCUCCAUCCAAACGCCGGUUGGGGGGGGUGUCGUCGGCCGAGAAAGAAGACGAGAUCGACGCGCUGCUUACAAAGUUCAAAAUCUCGACCGACGCCCGGUCUGGAGUUCGGGACGGCCUCAUGUCCAAGUACACGCCCCAACUCGCCCAUGCUUAUGUCUUUACCUCCCCCGAUCCCACCUAUGCGGAAACCGAGGUGGAUGAUCCGUCCUCCGACAGCAGCCGCGAAGUCACGUCCCCGUCCGUGCCGGAACGCCGCAUGCGGGACGUCAAGAAGGCCCUCGCGAGCGACGGCGGCCACAGCUCGUCCGACGAAGAGCCCGACGAGGACGCUGACGUCGCCCAGCAGAUGAAGGAAGCGUACUUUGGGGUCGCCGCGCGGGGCAAAUUCUUUGCCAAGUAUGCUGGCCUCCACGCGAAACCGCAUUGCUUUAUGGCCGUGCCCCACGCGCCCCUCGCUCUGACGUUACGAACUCCGUCGCAGCACAGUGAAGCAUCGCCCCCACAACUCACAUCUCCCUCAAAAUCCCCCCGAGGCAGCCAUGAGCACAGUGCCGUUGACGAGGGUGGGCCCAUCACUCCGAAUUCAAGACAGACCGACACUCCUGUGUCCAGCCUGUUCGAGUACCAGCCGCCCCCCGCCGUCAUGACCAAGCAUCACCCCCCAACUUCGCCCCGGCGCCGAACCACCGGCGGGGACAACGACGUCAAGAUGAGUCCGCGCACCAUGUUCCUCAGCGCGUGUCUGUCCAACACGGGGGAGCUGCCCAUGGCACUUCCGAUCCUCAUCCGCAAACACGGCACGACCGCGUUUGAUUUUUCUUACCAGAGCCUCGGGGACACGUUUCUCGUCGAGUUUGCCAGGGCGCUGCGUGACGUGCCGUUUGUCGAAGCAAUCAACGUGUGCGACAACCGGCUGACCGACCGCGCGCUCAACCAGCUGCUCCAGGCGCUGGAAACCAAACCGAACCUGACCAAACUUGAUAUUUCCAUGAACCAAGUGGGGCCUCGAAGUGCCAAGACCCUCAAGGCGUACAUCGGGUCCGCCAUGUGCACGCUAACCCACCUCGGGGUGUGCAAAGCCGACAUUGACGACUCGGAAUGUGCUGCCUUCAUGGUGGCGUUUGAAGCCAACAAAUCAGUGAUUCAGCUGAAAAUGAGCCGGAAUCGCAUUGGCGAAGCCGAGAAUUUGAACGUUGUGCAACCCGAUUUUGUCACGGGGGGCGAAGCCAUUGGCGGCAUGCUCAACGUCAACUUGACCCUCACGCAACUCGACGUGUCGUGGAAUCUCCUGCGCUUGGCCAGCGGCGUGACGUUGGCCAACUCGCUCAAACUCAAUUACAACCUGUAUGAGCUGAAUUUGGCGUACAACGCACUCGGCGAUGCUGGUGCGAUGGCGUUCGGACAGUCGCUGUGCAUCAACAAGACCUUGCGACUGCUGGACAUGUCAUACAAUAACAUCGGGACCAAAGGCGCGUCCGUGCUCGCGUCCACCGUCGCGCGCAGCCACACGAUCAGCACCCUCGUUUUGGAUGGAAACAACAUUGGCCAGCCAGGCGGAAAGGUGCUCAUGUAUGCGAUGGUGCACAACCGGACGCCGAACGGGUGCACAGUGAGCAUGAAGGGGUGCAACUUGAACGAGCGGUCCCAGGCCAAAGUGUUCGAUCCGAUGGAACCCGGCGGCGACUACAUGCUCGACUGCGCCGACCCGUACGACAAUAUGAUCGCCACCGAGCUACUGCGCCUCGCGACGCUGAAAAAAGGGUGCUUCUUUGCCAAACUGGACGCGAAACCAUCGCGAGACGCACCCAAGAAGCUCACGCAAUCGAUCAAAUUGGUGCGGAAAGAAGCCACUCGCCCGGUGCCCGCCAAGGGGGCUAAGACGCUGCUCGAUCUGACCUUCCACGACAUCGACACUAACGACGCGGGGGUGAUUACGCUUGCCGAGCUCCACGGAGUGCUCGUGGAACUAGGGUUUCAACCCACGAUGGAACAAACAGAGAUUUUGUUUGACAAGAUCGAUACCGACAAGAGCGGGACCAUCGACGAGGCGGAACUGAGCGGCGGCGGACUCUUCCACGCAGUCUUCCGAUCUAUCGACGCCAAUGGAUCGGGCACCAUCGACAUGGACGAGCUGCGCCAGGCGUUUAUAUUACUGGGCGCCACAGCCACAGAAGGAGACGUCGAAGCAGCUAUGAAUGCGUGCGACGUCGACGGCAGCGGCACCAUCGAAGAGGACGAGUUUGUCGAGCUCAUGAAAAACCAAGUGAUUCAAAGGGUUCACCAGCACCAAGCGGCGCAGUCGGCCGAGUCGCUGGCCCUGCGCGACGAAAGCGGCGGCGUCUGGUGCGUGCCAUCGUCGGGUGUGUUGGACAUCACGUUCGUGUACGAGCGAGAAUUGAUGAACGACCGCGAGAGCUUUGUCUGUUACGGGCUAACGGAGCACGGGUUGAAAAAGCUCGUGCAGUCCGUUGAACGGGGCAAAGAAACCAUGCAGCAAGCAGAACUGCUCAAUGCGGCGGUACAUGAGACAGAGAUUCGUAUGACGGCGGCCCAAGCAAUCGUGCUCAUGGAGAGCUGCGGCGACAUGCACGAGACCAAGCGCGUGGGCGCGGUCGCCAAGGUCCUCCCACAACUCACGUCCGUCAAAGAGGCGCAGAACCUGGUCAAGCGCGUGCUCUCCAUGUCCGAGCGCUUCUCGCUGCGGAUUCGGCUAGGGGCUCUCUACUUUCCACUGCUGGGGCUCCCCACCAACCACUACGCCCUCGACUUGUCCAAGCAAAUCGACCGGCAAGCGCUCAUUAAGCUGGCCGAAGUCGCCCAAGCGGAAAAGCAGUUUUCUAAAUCCAGAUCCGGGCGCGGCGAUACCUCUCAACAUGGCAACUGGGAAAACUUCCGCAACGAAUGGUUGGACGGCAAGGCGACGAUUUUAACAUCUCAUUUCUUUCAAACGAUGCCUCAAAAGGGCAAACUCGAGUUUGAUUACGUGUCCACGAGUCGUCCCACGCGGGGCACCAAGCCCAUGAGCGACCGGCGGUACCAGCAGCUGGUGGCGCAGAUCGCCCGCGACAGCCGGACGGAGCUGCGUCUGCCCGACAAGUCCACGGCCGGAACCCGGCGGCGGCGCAGUGUCGGCGAUCGAUGGGAGCUCGUGCGCAACGCCGUGCGCUUUCGAAAGUUUAAAAAGUGGAUUCGCGACGUGAAAAUGGCAUUUCAAGUACAUAGCCACACCAAGGAAGACAUUGGGUUCAAGUUGUUUCAAAUCGAAGCAGCUACGUGCGAUCGAUGGCUGUCCGUCGAUCAGGCGGCCGAGAUUGUGCGGUGCAUGCCGAGUGUGCACAAUGGCAAAACGGAAACCUGUCGGUUGCUGUUUCCCCGACUGAUUGACAUUGAACACUUUAUGGAGAUUUUCGAUGCGCUGUCGUUUGCGGAAAAGCAAGAAUGCGCGCGGCUGCUCGGGUGGCUCAACAUACUCAACCCGCAACAGCCCGAUCGGUACUACGAGUUUGAUCUAUCUGUCCGCGAAGAGCGCGAAGCCGCCAAGAUAUUCGUCAAGCUAGCCGUGACGGAACCGGGUGAAAACUGGAUCCACGAGUCGUUUGGGUGGGUGCGCGGGGACCCGCCGAUCCCAGGGUGGGAGCUGCCCAAGUCGUGGGCCAAUGACGAUGUGACAGCUGAGGACGGACCGCGACGGACGGGGUGGCUCACGUUCGAGUACACGUCGGACCCGUCGCGAGGGUGCGCGGCCGUGCCGGCGGUGCGGCAGGAGCUGUUGCAACGCGUGUUGUGUGGCACACGACUGUACUUGUAGCGAAAAUAUAAUAAAUACCCGUUGAACUGGAAUACAUCAACAACACAC